AUGACAGCUGUUGAAGUAUUUAAUGUUGAGAUUUCUAAAUUAUAUUAUUUUCUACUAAGUGAUAUUAUUAUAAAGCGCUUCUGUAGAAUAUACAACACAACAUUAUUAAUUACGAACAAUCGCACCAACAAGAGUACAACACAACAAUUCAACAACACAAUAUCGACGAACAGUAACAAGGAAAACGACUUACAGGCUAGAUCGCUAAUUGAAAUCCGACUCUGUUAUUAUAAAAAUUUACCUGGCACACGACGUCACAACAUCCAUGGCGAAGGCGAGAUCCGAACUCGCGGCCCGGCCGGCCGGCUGAUCAGUAGCACGACAGUCUGACCCACGCGGCCAACCGAGGUCCCCUAUCGGAGACUUAAAAUAACUAAUAUGUAUCAAUAAGAUGUUUGGUGAUGAGUGGUUUACUUAUAUCUUUCUUGACCAAAUAAAUUUGAAUAUGUGGCUUGUGACCAUCGAAUUAUGAGACUAGAAGGACCAGGCCCAUAUGUUUACAUUGCAUUAUUUGUCACCAAAAUUGCGCAUUUUAGUCUAUACUUUUGUCUACCAGUGACUACCAAAGUGACAGCGAUGUAACAGCAUAAUAAUACUUAAAUCAAAACAUGACGCCUUCAGCCGUCUGACCAAAAGAACAGCCAUCCAUGAACA